GAGGAAAUCUACCACGGUACUGGGUUUGCGAUUGCUGAUAACUUUGUAAUAACCAGUAAGCAUGUCAUCGAAGAAGCCAUGAGUGACGAAACCUUACAGAUUUGUAUUCUGAACGAAACCAUCGGUGAAUUGCCUUGUGUGGUGGUUCAUUGUGAUGCAGCCAAUGACUUGGCAUUACUUUAUUGCCAUGAUCUAAAUUUAAAGCAACAUAAAAUUUGUCCAUUAGAUUUGUCUGAAGAAGCUCUGUGGCCAAGCUUGUCAGUUUUUUCUUUUGGUUAUCCAUUCACUCAUACAGGGAGAAGUGCACUCUUUGUCAAGGGUUACGUUUCUGGCCUCAAGAAACGAUAUGGCGAUAAUCGUAAACCUUUUUGGGUAUUAAACUGUGAUUUGAAUGCUGGUAAUUCAGGUGGCCCAGUGUUACGUAGAAUUGGUGAUGAUAUAAAAGUGGUUGGUGUGGUCGCACAAAAGCACAAGAAAGAAAUUCUGACUUUAGAGGAGCUCAGCAUUUUAGAAGAAGAGCGUUCUACAUUGCAAACGAACUCUGCAUCUGAUUCAAGUGAUCAGUUCUGGAAAUCAGUGUCAUUAAAAAUGUAUGAUGCCUUAAAUGAGACACAUUGUCAGUUUGGAUAUGGCAAUGUGGUGCCUGGUCAUCUGGUUGUUGAGUUUUUAAGUGAUCCAUCAGUAACUUCCAUCAUGGAUUUCUUAAAGGAAGCGCAGUACAUUGAGACAGAGUUUGAUGUCCAAGGAUGA